UUACAUUUUCAUCUUCUAUGGUUUAUUGGUUUGUGGUUAUUCAUGUUGUUUGUUCAAAAAAAGAAAAGAAAAUAAGUGGUUGUGGGAGAGAAGUUAUAAAUUUUAUAAUUUUUAACACAAUAGCAACAAAUGCUUCAACAGGAAAAACUUAUGAAAGAGCAAUAUGUCGAGCCAAUGCAGGUCGAUGCCCCGGUGGAGGAUAAUGACAAUGCAGAGGAGGAAUCGUACAUUGUCGAAAAUCCGACACUGGAUUUGGAGGUGUAUGCCAACAGUUAUACAGGAUUAGCAAAGCUUUAUAGACUAAUAUACAUCGCAGAUCACUGCCCUACGUUGCGGAUAGAAGCUUUGAAAAUGGCAAUAACAUACGUGAUGACAACAUACAAUGUCUCUUUAUAUUUGUCACUUCAUAGAAGACUUUCACAAGCAAUAAGUACUCCAGGCUUACCUGACGUUGCAGCUCAGUCUAGUUCACAAGAUUUGCCAACAAUUGAUCAAGCUUGGAUGGAAUCCCGUUCCAAGAAGGCUGCCCUCAAACUGGAAAAAUUUGACACCGAUUUAAAAAAUUAUAAAAGUAAUUCCAUCAAAGAAAGUAUAAGAAGAGGACACGAUGAUCUAGGGGAUCAUUACCUUGAUUGUGGUGAUCUGGCCAAUGCACUCAAAUGUUAUUCGAGAGCUAGAAAUUAUUGCACAAGCGGAAAGCACGUCGUUAACAUGUGUUGGAAUGUUUUAAAAGUUUCUGUCUAUCUCCAAAAUUGGACCCACGUUAUUAGUUACGUCACUAAGGCAGAAGACACUCCGGACUUUCCUGACGUUCAUGGCAAAGAUAGUAAUUUGGCCAUCAUUACAAAACUGAAAGUGGCUGCAGGAUUGGCCGAAUUAGCAACAAAAAAGUAUAAAUUUGCAGCGAAAUUGUUCCUCCAGGCUUCUUUGGAUCAUUGUGAUUUUCCGGAAUUGCUUUCGCCGGGGAAUGUAGCACUUUAUGGUGGAUUGUGUGCGCUUGCCACUUUCGAUAGGCAUGAACUACAGAAGCAAGUCAUUUUUAGCAGUUCUUUUAAGCUCUUUUUGGAAUUGGAACCACAACUGAGGGAUAUUAUCUUUAAAUUUUAUGAAUCCAAAUACGCUUCAUGCUUAAAACUUCUAGAUGAAAUCAAGGAUAAUAUUCUCCUUGACAUGUACAUAGCGCCACAUGUAAACAAUCUCUAUACUCAAAUUCGUAAUCGAGCUCUAAUACAAUAUUUCAGCCCUUAUUUGAGCGCUGACAUGAGGCGAAUGGCCACUGCAUUUAACAGAACUGUCUCCGCAUUAGAAGACGAACUUAUGCAAUUAAUCCUCGAUGGGCAAAUUCAAGCUCGUAUUGAUUCACACAACAAAAUUUUGUACGCCAAAGAUGUGGACCAGCGAAGCACAACAUUCGAAAAAUCAAUAAGUCUAGGAAAAGAGUAUCAAAGACGAACACGAAUGUUAAUUUUGAGGUCGGCGAUGUUAAAAAAUCAAAUUCAAGUAAAGAAACAAAAUAUUCAGGGUGGUGAGAUGUCUGUAGCACCAGGAAACAGCAGUCAAACCCCAAGGAACUGAUAUUCAUCUCCCCAUGUGAUUAUAAUAAGUUCGAGUGAUACAUCGAUUGAAGUAUUCGUCACGUAGAUGCUUCAUCUCCUGAGUUUUUUGCAAGUAUAAAACUCAAUUUUUUUUUUAAUUUUUGAAUCAUUUAAAAUAAUUAUUUGUGACAAUUGCGUUUAUAAUAAAGAUUUCUAACUAUUGAA